CUAACUGCAUUACCGACAGAUUAGGUAAGACGUCCGCCAUUAUUGUUUACAUUUUUCAACAAAAAAAAAAAUGAUUAGAAUGAUUAGAAUGAUUAGAAUGAAAAGUUUAUAAUUUCAUGUGAAACAUGUGGCUUGUCUUUUAAUAUUUGAGGUUAAUAUUAAUUGUUAUUUGUUACUGUAAUUAUUGUCAGUGCGUUUCGAAAGUGAUUGUUUCGAAAUAUUUAAUAAAUUAUAAAAAAAAAAAACAAUGAAAAAUAAAGCAAAUAAAUACAGUGAAGGUAAAUGGGAGCCUCUUAAAUUAGAAGGUGAUUUUUUGUCUGAUGGUGGUGUUCAAGGUUUGAUAGGAAUAGAAGAGUUAACUGAUUACAAUUGGGAAAAAGAAAAUAAAACAUCAAAAAGAAAGCAGUUGGAUGAGGAUUUAAAAGAAUCAAUUGCUGAUGAAUUGUUGAUUAAACAAGUUGAAAAAAAAAAGAAAACAAACAAACAAACUAAUCAACAAACUAAAGUUCGAAAACCAAGACUUAACGAUGAAGCAUUUGUUAAACCAGAGGAUAUUGUUGAAUCAGAUGAGGAAUCAUCAGAACCAUCUGAUUUUAAUAAUGCAGCAUGGGCCUCACUUGGAGUACCAUCAGUAAUUAUAAAAGCUUUGAAGGAUCAAAAUUUUACAGCUCCAACUAAUAUUCAAAGCUUAACACUUGCUCCAGCAAUUUUAGGACGUAGAGAUAUUCUGGGAGCAGCUGAAACAGGCAGUGGUAAAACACUGGCAUUUGCUAUUCCAAUUUUAACUGGAAUAAUGGAAUUAAAAGCUGAAAAACAACAAGAUACUAUUAAAGAAAAACAAGAAGAAGAAGAAUCAAUGUUACUUGAUAAUUCUGGCUCAACAAAUGAUAAUUGGAUUGUUAGUUCUGACAAUGAAUCUGAUACAAAUCAAGAUACUGAUGAUGAUGAUGAUGAUGAUGAUGAUGCAGAUGCAAAUGAAACUCAAGGAAUUGGUUGUGUUAAAGUAAUUGAUAAUAUGGAUUUUAGUGAAAUAAAUGGUAAAAAACAAAUAACUAAAAAACCAUUAUAUGCUUUAAUAUUAACACCAACAAGAGAACUUGCAAUUCAAAUAAAAAAUCAUAUGUGUAAAGCAGCAAAAUAUACAGGUAUUAAAAUAGCUGUUGUUGUUGGUGGAAUGGCAGCUGUAAAACAAGAAAGAAUUUUAAGUAAAGGUCCAGAAAUUGUUAUUGCAACACCAGGUCGUUUAUGGGAAUUAAUUGAUCAUGGUAAUGAACAUUUAAGUCAAUUACCAUAUAUAAAAUAUUUAGCAAUUGAUGAAACAGAUAGAAUGUUAGAAAAAGGACAUUUUCAAGAACUUCAUCAAAUUGUUGAACGUAUUAAUAUUAAUGAACUUGCUGUUAAACAACGUCAAACAUUUGUAUUUUCUGCUACACUUACAUUGGUUCAUGAUAUACCAGAUUAUUUACAAAGAAAAAAAAAUAAAAAUAGUAAAAGUAAAAUUUUCAAGUUAACAUCUGGUCAAAAAUUACAAAAAGUUAUUCAUAUGUUACAUAUUAAAAAUCCAAAAAUUGUUGAUGUAACACAAGAAAGAGGUAUAGCUGGUACGCUAACAGAAUGUCGUAUAACUUGUACAAUUGAUCAUAAAGAUUAUUAUUUAUAUUAUUUUUUGCAAAGACAUAAUGGAAGAACAUUAAUUUUUUGUAAUAGUAUUGGUUGUGUUAAAAGAUUAGCACAAUUAUUUAGUAUUUUAGAUUGUCAUCCAUUACCAUUACAUGCAAGUAUGCAACAACGACAAAGAUUAAAAAAUCUUGAAAAAUUUCAAGAAGAUCCAAAUGGUAUAUUAGUUGCAACUGAUGUUGCAGCAAGAGGUCUUGAUAUACCAAAUGUUGAACAUGUUAUACAUUAUCAAGUACCAAGAACAUCAGAGAGUUAUGUACAUCGUAGUGGUAGAACUGCACGUGCACAAAAAGAAGGUAUAACUGUGUUGAUGAUGGAACCAUCAGAAUUACAAAAUUAUACAAAACUUUGUAAGACACUUGGUCAUACUCAGGAUAUACCAACAUUUCCUGUUAUUGAUAAACUUUUAAUAUCAGUCAAAGAACGAAUUAAUAUUGCCAGAGAAAUUGAUAAAUUAGAAUUAAUGUCUAGAAGAGACAAUGUACAAAAAGGCUGGUUAAAAAAUGCCAUUGAAGAAAUGGAUUUAAUUCUUGAUGAGGAUCAAUUAGAAACAACAAUGGAAUCAAAAGAAACUGCUGAUUUAAAAAGACAGCUAAAAGCAAAACGAAAAGAAUUAGAUAGACAUUUGUCUACUCCAUUAUUUCCCAAAGGUUUUUCUGGUAAAUACUUGGAGCAAAAUAUUGAUACACCAAUGUUACAUGACAAUAGUAAAACAGCUAUUCAAGUUAUGAAACAGGCACUUAUUGAUGGUCCAAAAAUUAAAAAAAGAAAAACAAUUAUAACUGGACAACAAAAACAGGAUAUAAUAAAUAAAAAAAAAAAUAUGAAACGUUCUAAAAAAAAACACUAAUUGUUAAAUAAAAAAAUAUUACAUUAGUUCUAUAAAUUUUUUCUAAGUAAAUAAACAUUCUUCUAUAAGAGUAUUAUUACUAUCAACUGUAUCAA